ACUGGCAUCUCCCUGCCAUUUCUGUACCACACACAGCCAAGAAGAUGGAACAGAAAAGGUCGACAAGCAGUUCUCAGCAAGGGAGGCCCAGGAAAAAGGUGGAUAACCCUUAUUUGGGGACAGACUACAGCAUGCAGAUAAAUCCUGGAUACCGUAUGAGAGUGAGGAAAGCGUUAAUAUAUCUUUGUGGGGAACUUUUUAGGAUUGGGAAAAGUGAUUAGAUAGGUAUGUCUACUGUAUUAAUUUAAUUAUGAUUAUGAGUUUGUCAACAAAUUAAUCUUUCAAAAACUAAAUAGUCAGUUGAUAGAAUAUUGAUCAAGUAGUUUAGGCUAUAGCAUAAUCUCUUGGCUGAUAAAAAUGCAUUAAUCUCUGGGAUGAAAAUGUAUUAGACUCAUGUAAACAAUGGGCCUGUUAGGCUACUGUUCAGUGUAGUAAAUCUGGAAUUAGAUGAGCAGAAAUUGUUAUUCCAUUAUGUUCGUUUUAAUUUGAUAAUUGUGAGCACUGACACUAAAAGUGUAUUGGAACAUGCCCCCUUAGUUAUUCUACAACCAUUAAAAAUUGUAGUAUGUGCAUCAUGUCUUUUUAGGCCCACAACAUAUCCAGUUUUCAUAAUUUCUUAUAGCCUAUUAUGUACCAGUGCGUCAUCAUCUGUGGUCACAGUGGAUAGACAGCGGGCGGGUAAUACAACGAUAAAGUGGUGCUUUUGGAAAUCGCGCGCUCAGCCCAACAUCCCGCCAUCCUCCUGUUAUCAAGUCCCGUGCCAAAUGCGCAGGCUCAAUGAGAUGAAUGGAUGGAUGCUACAUUCCUUUUCCGGCUGCACCUGCACAAUCCCCCAGGAAGUGUGGUGCGAUAAAUCCUAAAGUAUUAAUCCCUUAUACCUGGAGGAAGGAGACAGAUAUUAGUAUGCAUUUUGGAUGGAAUAUACCAUUUGUGUCGCCUUUCUAAUCUACAAAUCGUUCAAGUCGGCGCUACGCAAUUAAUGCAGGGUAAACAUUAUACCGUUAACUCCCUGCAAGUUUGGGUUAUUGUUUUUCUUGUGCUGUAGCGUUGAGCUAUUCGCAAAUCGAACCCUUUCCUGCAAUGGGAUGCUGCGGUAGCACAGAGGUAAGAUAACGGUUUCCUCCACCCCUAUGUUGCAUUAAUUGUUUUAAUGUUGCAAAUUGAACAUAAUGGAACGAAGAUUAGGCUACACUGCUACAUUGUUGCGACCGCUGUCAUCCAAUGACAAUUCUCACCACCUCAGUCAGAUUAGAUAAGACUAGGCUAUGUUCAUCGGGAAGGCUAGUGUAAUCCUAUUAUUAUCGAAACCGAGAAUGAAAUAUCAGGCUAUAGGCUGUAGCUUCAUUAUAAUGGGACACUAAUUGUCAAAUAGUUUUCUAGUGCAUUACCACCGACAUUUCGCAUAGGCUACCGCUUCAAAGCAGUUUUGCAUACCAUAAAUAGCUCGUGAGCACAGUUAGCCUUGUAAACAAACCUCAUCUCUCGCAUUGUGCGAGAUUUGAAGCUAUUGAACGGCGCCUUGACAAUGAAGGAGAGAUAAUAUGGUUAAAUGUGAUUGCGUUGAAAACAAAGUGUAACAACGUUUCUUUACAGUCGGCCACAAAUAGCCUCUAUCUACGAAAAUUAGAUGUCAAAGUGAAUUUGCGGGGGACAAAGGAAGUCAGAACUUGGCCUAAUGACAUUCACGGUGACUGCUAGACGGAGCGCGUGCCAUUGAGGGACAUUUUUUUGUGGCAUAUGUGAAAUAAUAUUUGUGUAGACUACAUUGUCACCAGUCACGAUUUGAAUUGACAAAGACUCCUAUAGACUAAUUGCUAAUGUGGCACUGCCGAUGUGUUGGUAUUUUGUUUUCCAGAGGACAAAGAGAGAAUGGAAACCCUUGGAGGAUCGAAGUUGCACGGAUUUGCCGUGGUUCCUUUUAUUUACUGUAUUCUGCGUCGGAAUGGUAAGUAGCCUGUAUGCCGAUUCAUUUCAUUGCAAACAAAGAGCAAUGUAAAACCAUAACUACAUAGGUUGAAACACAUUUUGAGACGAAACACAAGGCUCACAUCAACAAAAGUCGUUCAUCGUCAUGACAUUCUUUAAAUGUCCAGCUGAUUGAUUGCCUGACAAGUGUCACCUGUGUCAGGUUGCCACACCACCUCAGUUCAGCCAAUUAGCUACAAGCACGCAGACAAUUAACACCUUCUGAAGUGUGAAAUUGAAGAGUGCUCUGACUUUUGAGGAUGGUUAACAUAUGGCAAAAAUAUAUGAAACAAACAAACCCAUCUGAAUAGAUGAUCAACUAGUGCAAUUUACCAGUCAUUUUCACUGCUGAAAUAUUAUGUUGUAAACACACUUAAACGUCAUAAAGCACUAUUUAUGACAGAAAUGGAAAGACAUGGUUAUUUUUUACAUACAAUAGGGGUUUUCAUCGAUGUAAGCCAAUUAUUUAGGAAUAUCAGUAUAUUUUAUAUAUUUGUUUCUACAGCAUAGGCCUACUAGCCUAUACUUAGAGUGAAUAUAACUUUUUGUUUGAAUCUACAACCGAGUAAAGAGUGACUUGAAGAAUGAUGUUGUAAAACACACACACAAGCUUCUUGCAUCUGGGUAGCUUUAGAUACCAGUAGCCGGUUUCAAAUCCUGGACCUGGCGAUGGAAAAAGUAGGAAUUGAUUUCAGAUGGUUUCCAUUGUCUACUGUUUUGCCUUUUAAGCAAGGCACUUCAUACACCCUAAGUAGUUCCAGGAACACUGGCACUGAAUGGCAGCUGACCCUGUGCUUCUCCCAAAAUGUCUGGUGUGUUGUCUGGGAGGGUGGAGAGGAGAAUAAGAAUAGCUGUAGUAACAGAUGGACAAAUGAAUUAGAAUUCAAUUUCUGUGAUUUGAAUCAGAGUACUUUAAAAAACACUGGUCACUUAAGGCAGCGUACGGCUAGGUCAGCAGGAUUGGGCUGUUGGUGUUAGUGGUGCUUUUCAUGAAACAAUCCAUAAGCUUCGCAGUUUGACGGUCAGGUUGGUACAUUACAUUUUAUACCUGUCAACAAUGUAUUUAUACACAUCCAUACCCCACUGUGACGCAAUGCUUCUCUCAGGGGAGUAUCUGUGGGUUCACCAUCGCCACGGGGGGCGCAGCCCGCCUGAUCUUCGGAUAUGACAGCUACGGGAACACCUGCGGCCAGCGCAAUGAGCAGAUCGAAGGGGUCAGGCUGAGUGGACUGGAUCAGACGGACAAAAAGUGAGUCUUUCUCUCACUUUCUCACUCUACACUGUCUCCUAUCUGUAUCUCACCAACCCUUCACUCUCUUUUAUCUUAGCGGCAGUGCCAUUUUGCCAAAACCCAUCAUUCUGUUUACAAAUACAAAUGUUAGGCUGAAUUAGCCCAUUAUUGAGAAAUGUUAAGAAAUAGCUUUUCCCCGUUGCUCAUUGGUUCAAUAGAAAUGUCAAAUUGCAAUCAUUUUACCCCUGGCCUAUGGGAAUCUAGUAUAAAUAAAACCUUGAAUAAAUAUGCAGAGGCAUAAGGACAUUCUGUCACGGUGAACUGUACUUACUUACUGCACACGCCGCCCUCUGGGAACACAUAGGUAUUUCAGCCCACUUCAUCUGCAUGGCAGGCUGAUUACAUCCCCCCUUUGGAUUGACUGUGUGCUUAAUGCUUGGCUUGUGGUACAGACUUGUGAGUCAUCAGCAGAGGGGCAUUUAUUUAUUUUGGUUGUGCUGGUGAAGAGAUAUUAAUGGCUUUGAAAUUGCUUGGCUUGAUGUUUUUCCCCUUACCGUUUGGCUAGACUGCUGAUGAAAGAAUGGAAUAUGGAAUUGUUCAUCGUUUGAAAGAAUGACACUAGUUCCUAUUGAACAUCCAUCAUGUUAAUGUAUCUAUGGAUGAUAUGCAUUGUUUUUAAGGUUCUUAAAAUAUUCUAAAUGCAGAUGCUAACAGAUGUGGUGCUGCCAAUGUUUACAGACAAGUUAUAGGUAAUCAUAGGGUGUGGAGAGAGAAAGUGGCUUGGUAUCAGUCUGUGACUAAGUUAGUAAGUGAGCGGAGGAAGACAUUUCAGGAGAGGGUUCUGGCUGACACAAGGAGGACCUUGUCACCCAACACUGUCAGAUGUCAUUGGCUGGCUCUUUCUCUCUCUAUUUUCUAUUUCUCGCUCUCGCUCAAUUUUUCUCUGUCUCUCUAUGUCUAUCUGUAUCUCUCUCUUCCUCCUUCUCUUUCUUUCCAUACAUCAUUGUUUACUGCUCUGUUUCUGCUGUUGGGUGGCGCCAACACUGCCUUGUCUCGGCAACACUUGGCUCUCAGUCUCACCAGUGUUUCCCCUAGGAGUUUUUUCAGCAGCGGUGGCAGAGUUUGCGGGGGGACGACGACAUUGCUCACUCUUCCUUUUGAACAACCACAAACUGGCUGAGUUGAGCAUAACACCCACACAGUUAAUGUGUGCGCUGAACUGUUUUAAGUUCCAUUUUAGAGUGGAGCGUUAUAUCAACAAUGAGUAAGCUGAUAUCACUUGUAGUGUGCUAUUGAUCCUUGUGGUAGGUUUGCGUUGUGUAAAAACAUGCCUGUGGGCAAUGCCAUUUGAAAUGAAUAGCUAUAGUGAUAUUAGACCCUUUGUUGUGUUGAGUGAUUCAAAUUUGCAUGCUAGUCACUGUUAGUCACUCAUUUGCCCAGUCUGAAAUCCUCCCCAAACCUCUAGUCUUGGGUAAUAGUCUGACAAUGGUGUUGUGGGUGGGUGUAAAAAUGUAUAGAGGCAUUAUUGACAGAACUAUUUAGAAAUUCAACAGCUUUUGCCCUUGAGGACCUUUUCAGGGUCACUAGUUAGCUUCCCCUGGUCCAUUAUCACCACAUUAGCUAACAAUUAUGUGCUUGGUCAAAGCACCUUGACAGCCCUCCCAGGGUUGGCCUAUUGAUGUGACUGACACACGUAUGCACACACUAGGGUCGAAUACAGGUGACCGGUAUCCCGGGACAUCCCAACCAAGCUCUUUCCCGAUGAAAAAUAAUGACGGGAUUAGUGGAUCAAUAACAUAAAAAAUGUAUGCCGCACUAGUGCAAAAAUACAAGAUAUACAGGUGCGAAAGCUGCAUGAAUUGGACAUAUCAACUCUCUGGCUUCAUUCAUACAUUAGACUAGUCAUCACAAUGCAAGCAGCCUACCAUAUUUGGCCUACUCAAUGUAAAGUCCCCAAUAGAAAACAUCACUUACUUGUAUAACUUAUAUCAAUUGCAUUGCUGACUGUCAUGUGUAGGCUACACGUGGCCUCUCUACGCAGUUACUGAAGGAAAUCUCCAUUUCACAUUCACAAAUCUCCAAACUACAGUGCCUUCAGAAAUAAUUCACACCCCUUGACUUUUUCCACAUUUUGUUGUUACAGCCUGAAUUUAAAAUGGAUUCAUUUUAGAUUUAUUUUUUCACUGGCCUACACAGAAUACCCCAUAAUGUCAAAGUGGAAUUAUGUUUUUUGAAUUUGACAAAUUAAUAAAAAAGGAAAAGCUGAAAUGUCUUGAGUCUUAAGUAUUCAACCCCUUUUGUUAUGGCAAGCCUAAAUAAGUUCAGGAGUAAAAAGUCCCAUAAUAAGUUGCAUGGAUUUUAACAUGAUUUUUUAAUGACUACCUCAUCUCUGUACCCCACACGUACAAUAAUCUGUAAGGUCCCUCAGUCGAGCAGUGAAUUUCAAAUGCAGAUUCAACCACAAAGACCAGGGAGGUUUUCCAAUGCCUCGCAAAGAAGGGCACCUAUUGGUAGAUGGGUAAAAAAUAAAUAAAAUACAUUGAAUAUGCCAUUGAGCAUGGUGAAGUUAUUAAUUACACUUUGAAUGGUGUAUCAAUACACCCAGUCACUACAAAGAUACAGGCAUCCCAGUUGCUGGAGAGAAAGGAAACCAGUCAGGGAUUUCACCAUGAGGCCAAUGGUGACUUAAACAGUUACAGAGUUUUAAUUUAGUGAUAGGAGAAAACUGAGGAUGGAUCAACAACAUUGUAGUUACUCCACAAUACUAACCUAAUUGACAGAGUGAAAAGAAGGAAGCCUGUAUUACAAAACAUGAAUCCUGUUUGCAACAAGGCACUACUGCAAAAAAUGUGGCAAAGCAAUUAACUAAGAUACAAAGUGUUAUGUUUGGGGAAAAUCCAACACACUCUCCAUAUUUUGAAGUAUAGUGGUGGCUGCAUCAUGUUAUGGGUAUGCUUGUAAUCGUUAAGGACUGGGGAGUUUUUCAGGAUAAAUUAAUAAACAGAAUGGAGCUAAGCACAGGCAAAAUCCUAGCGGAAAACCUGGUUCAGUCCGCUUUCCAGUAGACACUGGGAUAUGAAUUCACCUUUCAGCAGGACAAUAACCUAAAACACAAGGCCAAAUCUGCACUGGAGUUGCUUACCAAGAAGAGAGUGAAUCUUCCUGAGUGGCUGAGUCACAGAUUUGAUUUGAAUUUACAAAGACAAUCUAUGGCAAGACCUGAAAAUGGUUGUCUAGCAAUGAUCAACAAUCAAUUUGACAGAGCUUGAAGAAUUUUGAAAUGUUGCACAAUCCAGGAAAAGCUCUUAGAGACGUACCCAGAAAGACUCACAGCUGUAAUCGCUGCGAAAGGUGAUUUCUAACAUGUAUUGACUCAGGUGCUUAUACUUAUCUAAUCAAGACCUAUUCGUUUGUCCACUUUGACAUUUAGAGUAUUUUUUGUAGACCGUUGACAAAAAAAUGACAAUGAAAUCCAUUUUAAUCCCACUUUUUAACAAAACAAAAUGUGGAAAAAGUCCAGGGGUGAGAAUACUUUCUUAAGGUACUGUAGCUUUGUGGCACUGGUAGAGGCGUAUAAACUGCAGCUUCUCACUGUUAACAAAAUGGCUGGUGCAUUGUGUCCACAAACGCGCUCAAGAAAAUAGACAUUUUCAACAUUGUUCCAUGAUGUUACAAUAACAAAAGCGAGUGCACGGGAUUACCUAGUCAGAUUGGCAGGUAUUUGGUACUGAAUGUCUGCUACUAGGCCUAUUUGCUUGUCUGUUUGUUUAGCGGAGAAUCUAUGUUCCCUGUUAUUCACCACAGGAAUUGGGUUAUCAUGGAGCUACGUCAAUGAAAUAGUGUGUUGACUUUGACAGAACUUUUGAGUUGAUUAAAUUGUGACAAAUACAACAAGAAACUGUUAGAUUCCAGUCCAUAUUUCUCCACUAGAGUGGUAUAAUCAUGUCAGAUUUAUUUUGUUGGUAUUGCAUGCUUUUAAAUAGCAUUUCCGGUUUGAGCGGGAAUACCAGGAUGGUACCGCGAUGGUUGCAAUUUCUUUUAGGGAAGGAAAAUGUGUUGGUUUUUUUGGGGGGAAAAUAUUCAUCCCUAACACGUGAGCGCACACAUGGACAGGCGCUGUAGACAGAUCACUGGAUUAAUAGUGGCCCCAGCGUGCGUGCACGCAAGAUAGUUUGGUGGACGCUUCAGUAGAAGGCUGUUUCGCCAGGUUGGGGUUUGAUAAGGUUGAUAACAAGGAAAGAACACAUAUACACACACACUUGCCCUAUCGGCCGCAGAGGAUGUGAGUUUUGACUGACAGCCCUCGCCUCAAGCGCAACCACCUGAUGCCGAACUCCACUGAGAAUGCAGCUGUCAUGGGAUUCAAUUAAGGACUACACAGCUGUCAACCCUAUUUCUCUCUCUCUCGCUCUGUCGCUCUCUCUACUUCUCCUCCUCACUUCAUAAUUUCUCUCUCGGUAUAUCUUCUCCAUGUCAUUAGACAGAAUAACACAACUGUGGUCUAUAGAUUAUUGCUGUCUUGGUGAUAGUCAGACAAAGAGUCUAGUAUCAUUGCUGGGGUGGUUAAAUGUAGGCCCAGUCGAGGUUGGGUUCAGUGCUGUAUUCAGUCCUGUCCUCAGCAACCUUUUUAGGUGACCUACCUGUGUGAGGUAUAGGCUAGUGUCACAUAAUGUGAUCAUUCGUGACAACAAAGUCAGAGCUUAAGGGAUAGCUUGUCAGGGUUUAUUUGGCUAUUACAGUUAAGCAGCUCCUCAUUCACAAGGCAGGGGCCAAACGUAAACAGUACAACGCUGUAGGCCUAUUCUUCUGGCCAUGGCUGCUGGUUGAUGAUCCAGGAUCAGUUUAUCCAAGCCCGAUCCUAACCUCAGCUUAUCUCAGACAAAGUCAAACUGCCAUUGAAUAUUCGGAACAAUCCAGUGUGACUUGAUUUUCAUAUCUAUCUACCUUUCAUCAAGCAUGUGUACAGUGCAAACCACUGAGCCAGCUUAUGAAUCACCAGAACAGUUCAUUUGGAUGACAUUCACUUUAGCCUGACCUAGAUGUUUGUCUGGUCUGGACGAGUGUAUUUACACUGGCCUAGACAUAGACUGGGGUUCAACAAUGUAGACACUACCUGACUUCAUUCUCCCAGCAUUGUAAUGUAUGUCUAUGUAUAUUUGUUUCAUUUUCAGCAUUUGUGUGUAACACCCAGGACAAUUGCUCCUGCAAGUGUGUGUGUGUGUGUGUGUGUGGGGCGAGGUGCCCACCCCAUAGUGUAUAAAAGCACCAGACAGAUGGACUAGAGUGAUGGAUUCUCUUAUAAAAAAAUGUCCUUGUUCCUUUCACUCUCCGUUACACUUGCCAAGUCCCAUGGACCAGUUCCAACAGCAUCAGCAGCCAAAGGCUCUGUCUCGUGCCAUUUGAUCAUAUCUCGGUGAAUAAGGUAUUGUUGGGGGCAGUGUGUUUUGCUUUGUCCACCAAAAUGAACAGGAGAUUGAGGGGAUGGGUAGGCUUCAGGACUUUCAGGUUAUUUUGUAGCUCUGUUUUCCUCUCUCAAUAUCACAUUCCCACGCCCAUAUUUUCACAUUCCCUUCUUUCUCGUGACUCAUUCCUCAUAUUGGUGAUGGGGGGGGGGAAAUAUUUUAUUGAUAAAGAACAGAUAAACAAAUUGCUGAAAUUCUCACAUUCCUUGUUACUCAUUCCUUAUCUAGGUUUUUUUAUUUUUAUUGAUAAAGAACAGAUGAACAGAUAUCUUUGUCUGUUUUUUGUUUUGUCUGCAGAUAUGUGUUCUUCCUGGACCCGUGUAACAUUGACAUAGUGCAGAGGAAGAUAAAGUCCAUGGCCCUGUGUGUGUCCCUGUGUCCUGAUGAAGAGCUGAAGACGUACCAGGACCUCAAGCGGUUUGCCAUGCACAACGGUGAGUUAGUGGGGCCGCUAGUGAAACGGAGUGGACACUGUUAGCGUUAUGCUCUUCUGCCGUCAAACCCACAAAAGCAUAACACUGACAGCAUAUUGAAUCAUUCACUGAUUCUCUAUUCCUCUCAGUAACUCAAUUGAUAAUGCUGUGGACCCUAACACAUGCAAGUUAUUGAUUUUGAAAAUCUGCUUGUCGAUAGUGGGUAUGUCAUGAAUUGUUACGAAAGGAAGCUCUUGAAUUUUUGUCAUCACAAUCUCACAUAUCCAUGGGAAUACGUUUUUAGCACCACAAAUCUUUUAGAUGAGAAGGCUCAAGAUCGUCCCGUUAGAAAAUAGUGUUAUGAGGAGCAGGUGUUUCUCUUCCCCCAUCAACAGAAUGCUACUAGGUCAUCGUUACAGCUGCCAUCCAUCACGUCAUUGACAGUGACUCACUGCCAUCCUUUGGAACGACAAACACUUUCCACAAACGGCGACAUGCCCGUGACCCCGCGUGCCAUCGACCCUCUUAAUACUGUCCUUUCAUUCAACACACACACGGUCUGGCACAGUGGGCACCUUGGCACAUGUGGAGAGCGAACUAGAUUAACAAAGACACCAUUAAGGCCAAUGCCACCCCUUGCUGUAUGGGUACUAUUGUUUGUGCCACCCUAACCCAUCCUUCAGCUAGGCUUGUGUGUCUACUGUCAGUACUGUAUAUACUUAUCGUGACGCACUCCAUGUAUGUCCCCCCAUGAUAGACUGGGCUGGGUUUAUGUAACUUUGCUGUCUCAAGUGGUCUUGUGUUCUGAUUCGACUGGCUGAUUCUGAAUUCCUGGGGCGGUGAGCAUAACACCGUUAACAACAACAUUUUGAGGAAAUGCGAUUUCAUCCAUCAUUAUGCAUGACAUGCUCAGUUGCAUAAAGGGAAAAUGAUGAAAUCAGGAUAUGUUGUUCUAGACACGAUAUAGAGCUAUAAUUUUGAUCACUUCUGGGGAGGCUGAAUUUCAUUUAGUCAUCCUUAUGUUGCUUGGCGUGUGUAUGGCUGCACUUAAAAAAUAUAUAUUUGUCUCUCUUUCACUCAGGGUCGGAGCUGUGUUCCUACGAGCUAGCCGGUCACAAAUAUCCCGGCCUUCCAGAGAGGUUCGACAAAUGUCCCAAACUUCCAGUUCCACCAAGGUAGGAAAACGUAUUAUUAGGGCUGCAUUUCAAUUAGGACUGGGAACUGCCAGGGACCUCACGAUACGAUAUUAUCACAAUACUUAGGUGCCGAUACGAUAUGUAUUGCGAUUUUCACGAUUCUAUUGCGAUUCGAUAUCAAAACAAAAAACUACAAAUACUUGGAGUCAAAGUAUCAAUAUAAUAUCAUCCAAAAAGAAUAUUGCGAUAUGUAACUAUCGAUUAUUUUCCCCCCAUCACUAAUUUCAAUAGUCUUAGAUCGCUUCAUUUCCUCUUCUCAUUCAGAACCAUUAAAGGACUUUCACUUAACCAGUCAUGUAGAUCCGAGAUGAUGUUUUAGAGAACCUCCCAGGUCAUGUGACCUUUGACCUCUACUUUGCUCCAUCCCACAGCAAAUCUCUCCCGGUGUUCAACCGCUGCACGCCGGUGGACGUCUCCUGCUAUGCCAAGUUUGCAGAGGCUGUGGUGACGUUUGUGAGCGACAACAGCGUGCUGCACAGGCUGAUCGCUGGCGUGAUGGCCAGCAAGGAGAUCAUCGUGGGCCUCUGCCUGCUGGCGCUAGGUGAUGACUGCUUCUGCAGGCGUUUGUUGUCAGCAGUAUCUCAGGGGGAGGCUGGAUAGGUAUAAGCAAUAUGGUGAAAUCUCCACCUAUCGGGACAUGUGGAACUACUACAUAUUUCCUAUCCAAUUAUUUCAGAUCUACAUGGAGAGCCAGGGCAAGGGGAUAGGGGUUGUUUCUGGACAGGGCCUCAGUCUCUGAACCCAGUGGGAGGGGUUGGUCUUGUGGGAGUGAAUAACCUGACUCUUCAUUGUAUUUCUGGGACCCACUAGUCUCUGAGCCUUCCCUAAUGUGAGCCAGUAAAGAAUAGACCUGCAUAGGGAACAUCUGUCCUGCUCUAGUGCGUUUUGCUGAUUUCUCCAUAUCGGUAUGAUGUGUCGGUACACAGGCAGUUACUGUAGGUCAGACAUCGACGGUGGAGAAACGCAGCGCUGGGUGAAAAAUACAGCAAUGUCAUCACAUCUUUGAGUCUCCCCUGAGACUGUAUGCCCUCUUUGGAAUGAGAGGAAGAAGGCUCGAAGGUAAAGGGUAUACCAUGGCAGCAAUGAACUUGUCCAUUUGGGAGUUAAUGCUGACACCUUCAGAGUACAUGUGGGUUAGGGUUGGAUAAAGUCCUACUAUGCGUCGAUUCAAUGCCAGUUUAUUUUAUGCUUGGAAGUGAGGAAGGAAAAUGAUUUGAAUAUGGUGAGCUGAUCCUCAAUCCUUACUUGGGGAACUCCCGGGUGCUUAUUCAUGAUCAGUUUUGAUGUAUUCAUUUUUUGGGGGGGUUGAGGCCAAGUGCAGGGUUAGCUGAUCCUAGAUCUGUGUUUUUAAGUGCUGUUGUGCCUGUGUUGUGCUGCAGUGCUCUCCAUGAUCCUGAUGGUGAUCAUCCGCUACAUCUCUGCUGUACUGGUCUGGAUCCUCACUGCCAUGGUUGUCCUGGGCUCCCUGGGUGAGCUCACUUCCUGUCUCUCCUGGCCUGGCCUUACUUCCUGUCCAGUGUUUUGAUCAAUCAAGGAGAACUGAAAACCGUGACAUAGUUUUGCACUUAACAUUAAUUCUAUGAUCAUUCUUGGACAUUCCUCUUUGCAUUUAGCAGUGUGCAGCUGUUCAAUCUCUCAACGAUACAGCAGCUUAAAAGCAGUCUCUGUUUUUCUGUAGCGGGCACAAGCAUUCUGUGGUGGCUGUACAUAGACCACCGGUUAACUGCCAACGAGACCCUAUCUAAAGAGACCACAGAGACUAAAGAUGCUAAGGAGGAAGCAGAGAUGUCCAGGGACAAUGCCCAGGCGCUGCUGGUGUAUGCCAUCGCUGCCACCGUAUUCACAGUGAGUACAGUUAGUGUUUGUGUUUGUGAUGAAAGGGAGACUGUGGGCAACCAAGCCUUGUACAUUUUGGGUGGGGUGUUGUGACAUUUCAGAUUGAAUGCCUAGCGCAGCUUUGAAAUCUUGAACUCCUGGCACCUCCCCCCUCCCCCUCCUCCUCACUGACUCUUUCACCUUCCUUUCACUCUCUCGCUCUCCUCUUGGCCAUCUUCCAUUUGUUUAAUCUCUCUCAUUCUCUCUCACCCUUUGCCUUCCCAUGUCCCACCUUGCUCUUUUCUCUUCCCUCAUUUGCAUCCCUUUUCCCCUCCUUCUUUCUCUCCCUCUCUCUCUCUCACCCCCCCCCCCCCCCCUCAGGUGAUCCUUCUCCUGCUGAUGCUGUUCAUGAGGAAGCGCGUGGCGCUGACCAUCGCCCUGUUCCACGUGGCCGGCAAGGUGUUCAUCCACCUGCCGCUGCUCACCCUGCAGCCCUUCUGCACCUUCCUGGGCCUGCUUCUCUUCUGGCUCUACUGGAGCCUGGUGCUGCUCUUCCUCGGGACCACCGGUGAGGGAGGGAGGGAGGGAGGGAGGGAGGGGGAAAGGGGCAGUGGUCCUCUUUUGAAUGUGAUUGUGCUGGAAGCGAAAGAGGAAAAAAUGAGGUAUAAACAGGAGAGGGAAGGGAAAACAGGAGAGAGGGGAAAACCUCUUUACAUAGGUAAGUGAUUAAUUCCAACACAACAGGACAUUGCACUAUUAUGGUUUAGUUCAGUUGACUGGGUUGGCCUUAUUCAGGAACAUGUCCAAACUAGUCCCGACCACUAGACUAAGUCUGACAUGUCCCCUUCAGGGAACCCGGUCCAGAAUGAGGAGACUGGUCUGACAGAGUUCCGGCUGACUGGGCCUCUGCAGUACAUGACAUGGUACCACGCUGUGGGCCUCAUCUGGAUCAGUGAGUUCAUCCUGGCCUGCCAGCAGAUGACUGUAGCUGGGGCCGUGGUCACGUACUACUUCACAAGGUCUGGUUCAGAAAUGUUUUCAUGAUUUGUUUAUGUACAAAUGUAUGUUUAUUUGAAAGGAUAUCAGCUAUAAUCAUGCUUAGUAACAAUAUUUGAUUUUGUUGUCCGUCUGUCACAGAAAUUAGUUUAGCUUAAAACAAAAUCUAGGUAUUUCUGGGUAAUAUGUUAUCACAGAGAUAUAGGAAUUAGAGAAAAUAACAAGAAUGUAAAUGUAAACUUCUCUCUGCCCCCCCCUUUUACUGUCGCUUCCUUUAAUUUACUCCCAUUCUUUUUAUUACACUCAUGUAGUAGUCAAUACAAUCUGAAAUCCAUGAGCAUACAAAAUAUUAAUGGAUAAGAGCAACAAAAUAAGAAUAGUCAUUCAAUAAUGUCCUGUGGUCUUAAAGGUCCCGCACAGUCAUCCUAUUACACAAGUAAAAAUAGCCUUUGAAUUACCAAAACAUUAUAUUAUUUUAUGCUAUUAUAAUGCUCAGAACUGAAAAGUGUACUCUUUCUCUCAUCUCUCUAACUAUCAGAAAGCCUGAAAGAACAGGCUGAGUGGGCGGGGAGAUUAUAUUCAUAUGAGUUCACUUUGACUGACCACUCUUUGAAACGCUCUUGUGGUUGUUGCCAGGUAACAAGGUAAACUAUGUCAUUCCGAGCCUAAAAAGUAUACCACAACCCAUUUUCUCUGCAAAAUGCUCUCAUGGUCAACAGAGCUGAUCAUGGACUGUUGGAUAUCAGACAAACAGCAGCAAUACACAAUUGCAUUUCUAUUGUUUUGUAACUAAUUACAGAAUGCAGUAGUGCCUUCCCCUUUUGCCCUUAGAACAGCCUCAAUUUGUCGGGGCAUGGAGUCUACAAGGUGUCGAAAGUGUUCAACAGGGAUGCUGGCUCAUGUUGACUCCAAUGCUCCAAGUUGACUCCAAUGCUCCAAGUUGGCUGGAUGUUCUUUGGGUGGUGGACCAUUCUUGAAACACAUGGGAAACGGUUGAGUGUGAAAAAUCCAGCAGUGUUGCAGUUCUUGACACAAACCGGUGCGCCUGGCACCUACUACCAUACCCCGUUCAAAGGCACUUAAAUGUUUUGUCUUGCCCAUUCACCCUCUGAAUGGCACACAUACACAAUCUAUGUCUCAAUUGUCUUAAGGCUUAAAAAUCCAUAUUGAACCAGUCUCCUCUCCUUCAUCUACACUGAUUUUGAAGUGGAUUUAACAAGUGACAUCAAUAAGGGAUCAUAGCUUUCACCUGGUCCGUCUAUGUCAUGGAAAGAGCAGGUGUUCUUAAUGUUUUGUGUACAGUUGAAGUCGGAAGUUUACAUACACUUAGGUUGGAGUCAUUAACUCGUUUUUCAACCACUCCACACAUUUUUUGUUAACAAACGAUGGUUUUGGCAAGUCGGUUAGGACAUCUACUUUGUGCAUGACAAGUAAUAUUUCCAACAAUUGUUUACAGACAGAUUAUUUCACUUAUAAUUCACUGUAUCACAAUUCCAAUGGGUCAGAAGUUUACAUACACUAAGUUGACUGUGCCUUUUAAACAGCUUGGAAAAUUCCAGAAAAUUAUGUCAUGGCUUUAGAAGCUUCUGAUAGGCUGUCAAUUGGAGGUGUACCUGUGGAUGUAUUUCAAGGCCUACCUUCAAACUCAGUGCCUCUUUGCUUGACAUCAUGGGAAAAUCAAAAGAAAUCAGCCAAGACCUCCAAGUCUGGUUCAUCCUUGGGAGCAAUUUCCAAUCUCCUGAAGGUACCACGUUCAUCUGUACAAACAAUAGUACGCAAGUAUAAACAACAUGGGACCACACAGCCGUCAUACCGCUCAGGAAGGAGACGCGUUCUGUCUCCUCGAGAUGAACGUACUUUGGUGCGAAAAGUGCAAAUCAAUCCCAGAACAACUGUCACGCCCUGGCUCUGGGGACACUGUUAUGUUGAGCCAGGGUGUGAAAUUCUAUGUAUUCUAUUACUAUGUUGGGAGUUCUAGUUUGUAUUUCUAUGUUGGCCUGAGUGACUCCCAAUCAGAGGCAACGAGUGUCAGCUGGUUGUCUCUGAUUGGGAGCCAUAUUUAAACUGUCUGUCUUUCCUUUGUGUUUGUGGUUUCUUGUUCUUAUUUGGUUUGUGUUAAACCGUAGACAUCACGUUAUCGUCUGUUGUUUUGAUCGUGUGAUCAUUAAUAUAAUAAAUAUGUUCAUCUUCAACGCUGCGCAUUGGUCCUCCUCCUUAGACGAUCGUGACAGAAGAAACCACCAGAACUGGACCAAGCAGCCGAAUGAGGAGCAGAGUGGGUGGACUUGGGAACAGUGGAGGAAGAGCUUCGACUGGGUCAAGCCGAAUGAGGAGCUGAAUGGCGGAGAUUGGAAGCAGAAGAGCGAGAGUUGGGCGAGAAUUAUAGAGGCCUGGCCCACGGGGAAGAGAGACUCCCAGAUUUUUUUUUAGGGGGGGGUUCACGACGUCGGACCAGCAGGAGGCCGCGAUAGAGCGGCCCAGCGGGUUGCCAGAGGAGGCCGCCAGGUUACGGGGGCCACUGGUCGAAGAGGGGAUGGAGGAUGUAGAGGCACGGCGAGAGGUACUGGCGUGUGUUGCCAGUCCGGCCUGUUCCUGAUCCCCACGUGGGGCCAGUGGUGUGUGUUCCCAGUACGGUCCGGCCUGUUCCUGCCACUCGCACCAAGUCAGUGGUGAGUUUCGUCAGCCCGGCGCGGCCCGUUCCUGCUCCCCGCACCAAGUCAGUGGUGCGCUUCGUCAGCCCGGUCCGGCCCGUUCCUGCUCCCCGCACCAAGUCAGUGGUGUGCUUCGUCAGCCCGGCUCGGCCCGUUCCUGCUCCCCGCACCAAGUCAGUGGUGCGCUUCGUCAGCCCGGCUCGGCCCGUUCCUGCUCCCCGCACCAAGUCAGUGGUGUGCUUCGUCAGCCCAGUCCGGCCUGUCCCUGCUCCACGCACCAAGCCUACGGUGUGCGUCGUCAGCCUGGUAAGGCCCGUUCCUCCUCCACGCACCAAGCCAGGGGUGCGCGUCGUCAGUCCAACACAACCCGUGCCUGGGUCACCGGUGCCUGGUAAGGUCCCGGUCAACUGCUCCACUACGGAGCUGAAGCUAUCCGCUCCACCAGUGUGCAGUCCAGCUCCGGUCAGCAGGGCCAGACCGGACCAGGGGUACUUUGGGGGUUUAGAGAAGGAGUGGGGGUCAUGUCCGGAGCCGGAUCCGCCGCCGAGGCGGAGUGCCCACCCGGUCCCUCCCCUGUGGUAUUUAGUUGGCGCGGUCGGAGUCCGCGCCUUUAGGGGGGGGUACUGUCAUGCCCUGGCUCUGGGGACACUUAUGUUGAGCCAGGGUGUGAAAUUCUAUGUAUUCUAUUACUAUGUUGGGAGUUCUAGUUUGUAUUUCUAUGUUGGCCUGAGUGACUCCCAAUUAGAGGCAACGAGUGUCAGCUGGUUGUCUCUGAUUGGGAGCCAUAUUUGAACUCUUUCCUUUGUGUUUGUGGUUUCUUGUUCUUAUUUGGUUUGUGUUAAACCGUAGACAUCACGUUAUCGUCUGUUGUUUUGAUCGUGUGAUCAUUAAUAUAAUAAAUAUGUUCACCUUCAACGCUGCGCAUUGGUCCUCCUCCUUAGACGAUCGUGACAACAACAGCAAAGGACCUUGUGAAGAUGCUGGAGGAAACGGGUACAAAAGUAUCUAUAUCCACAGUAAAACUAGUCCUAUAUCGACAUAACCUGAAAGGCCGCUCAGCAAAGAAGAAGCCACUGCUCCAAAACCGCCAUAAAAAAGCCAGACUACGGUUUGCAACUGCACAUGGGGACAAAGAGUGUACUUUUUGGAGAAAUGUCCUCUGGUCUGAUGAAACAAAAAUAGAACUGUUUGGCCAUAAUGACCAUCGUUAUGUUUGGAGGAAAAAGAGGGGAGCUUGCAAGCCGAAGAACACGGGGGUGGCAGCAUCAUGCUGUGGGGGUGCUUUGCUGCAGGAGGGACUGGUGCACUUCACAAAAUAGAUGGCAUCAUGAGGAAGGAAAAUUAUGUGGAUAUAUUGAAGCAACAUCUCAAGACAUCAGUCAGGAAGUUAAAGCUUGGUCGCAAAUGGGUCUUCCAAAUGGACAAUUACCUCAAGCAUACUUCCAAAGUUGUGGCAAAAUGGCUUAAGGACAACAAAGUCAAGGUAUUGGAGUGGCCAUCACAAAGCCCUGACCUCAAUCCUAUAGAACAUUUGUGAAAAAGCGUGUGCGAGCAAGGAGGCCUACAAACCUGACUCAGUUACACCAGCUCUGUCAGGAGGAAUGGGCCAAAAUUCACCCAACUUAUUGUGGGAAGCUUGUGGAAGGCUACCAGAAACGUUUGACUCAAGUUAAACAAUUUUUAAAGGUAAUGCUACCAAAUACUAAUUGAGUGUAUGUAAACUUCUGACCCACUUGGAAUGUGAUGAAAUAAAUAAAAGCUGAAAUAAAUCAUUCUCUCAACUAUUAUUCUGACAUUUCACAUUCUUAAAAUAAAGUGGUGAACCUAACUGACCUAAGACAUGUCAUUUUUACAAGGAUUAAAUGUCAGGAAUUGUGAAACUGAGUAUAAAUGUAUUUGGCUAAGGUGUAUGUAAACUUCCGACUUCAACUCUAUAUACUCAGUGUUUAACUCCUAUUUUAUUUUGAAUUUAAUGUAAUAUCUUUUGUUCCUGUCUAUAACUGUUCUGUACUUGUCAUAUAUUUGUAUGUUUUAUGUGGACCCCAGGAAGAGUAGCUGCUGCAUGUGCAGUAGCUAAAUGUAUGUUGCUCUGGAUAAGAGCGUCUGCUAAAUGACUAAAAUUUAAUGGAGGUCCUAAUAAACAAACUACUCCUCAGUAUAACUGGAGUGUCCUCGUAGGAGGGUGUGGCAUGCUCUCUUCUGAGUGGGCUUUGGGUCAGUGAGCUGUGCCAAGCAGGAGCAACAUACUCCAGGAUGUGGCGCAUGUAGCCGGUGUAAAUGCUCACCAGGUCUUCCUGUGGCACAUGGAACCUUUAUAAGGUGUCGAAGGAGAACAUUUUGUGUUGCUCUUCAUUACAAUAGUAGCAACCUGCUCACCCCAUUGUAAGACCUGUACCAUUCCCCCUAAACUGUUCACGCUAUCACACACUGAGCUCCUGGCCCUCGAUCCGGAGAGGGCAUGGGCCAGGUGGAUUUCUUGUGAAGGCCACUGAUAGGACCUUGCAUUUGGCAGGGUUCAGUGACAUUCUGCUUGCAUGAACCCAUGUGUCGAAGUUGUUCAGUGCCUGCUGUGGUGUACUGACGUACCCUGUUGUGCACGUGUGGACCAGAUUUAGAUCGUCAACAUAUUUCCACCUACUGUCGAUAUCCUGGGAUGCACUGUCAAUGACCACAAGGAAGAUGAGGGCCCAGAAGAGUUCCUUCAGCCACGCCUUCCGUCAGUUUCUGCCAGUCUGAGAGGCUGUCUUUGUAGUGUACCUGUUUGCGGCCGGUCACAAAACUGCAGAGCCAUGCUGUGAGGGCAGGUCUGACACCCAGUUCAAUGGCGACGGGAUGGUCGGUUUUUGUCAAAGGCCUUGGAGAAGUCAGUGGUGAUGAGGGUGGUUAUGGUAUUCUCUCUCCCUCUAUCCUUCGUCCCUUCCCCCUGUCUCAGGGACAAGAACAAGCUGCCGGUGACGCCCAUCCUGUCGUCAGUGUUGAGGCUGAUGAGGUACCACCUGGGCACGGUAGCCAAGGGCUCCUUCAUUAUCACCUUGGUCAAAAUCCCACGCCUCUUCCUCAUGUACGUCCACAACCAGCUCAAGGGCAAGGUAAAGCACACUGUUUACUCUCUCUCUCUCUCACUGCCUCACUCUGUCUCGGUCUGUCUCUCUGUCUCUGGCAUGUUACUUUAUAGAGAAUAAUAAAAUACUGCCCUGUUGCAUGGAGUGGUGUGCAAGCAAAUCAAGGCUAGCGUUUUGGCUUGUCACCAGUAGAUUUAAAUUGCAGUCAAUGCCAACAUGACCGUGGUGUCACAUCAGUUGUUGUGACAUGACAUUGGCUAUAAUGACAUGACACCUGCUAUCUUUGGUUGAUCUGUUUUAGGACAGUUUACAGAAGAAAAUAGAGGGAAAGGGUUUAAUGUAAAGUCCUAUGCAGAGUAAAAAUACCAAAUGUAUUUUAGGUUCAGGUGGGUUUGGCACAGUGCUGGCGAUUUAUUAGGGUUGUUGGAUUGGUUCAUAAAUGGGAUAUAUAAACUCAGCAAAAAAAGAAACGUCAACUGCGUUUAUUUUCAGCAAACUUAACAUGUUUAAAUAUUUGUAUGAACAUAACAAGAUUCAACAACUGAGACAUACAUAAACUGAACAAGUUCCAAAGACAUGUGACUAACAGAAAUUGAAUAAUGUGUCCCUGAACAAAGGGGGGUGGGGGGGUCAAAAAGUAACAGUCAAUGCAGCUGGUGGCCACACCAGAUACUAAAUGCUGCUGUGCAUCUCCUCCUCAUGGACUGCACCAGAUUUGCCAGUUCUUGCUGUGAGAUGUUACCCAACUCUUCCACCAAGGCACCUGCAAGUUCCCUGACAUUUCUGGGGGGAAUGGCCCUAGCCCUCACCCUCCGAUCCAACAGGUCCCAGGCGUGCUCAAUGGGAUUGAGAUCCGGGCUGACAUUCCUGUCUUGCAGGAAAUCACGCACAGAAUGAGCAGUAUGGCUGGUGGUAUUGUCAUGCUGGAGUGUCAUGUCAGGAUGAGCCUGCAGGAAGGGUACCACAUGAGGGAGGAGGAUGUCUUCCCUGUAAUGCACUGCGUUGAGAUUGCCUGCAAUGACAACAAGCUCAGUCCGAUGAUGCUGUGACACACCGCCCCCAGACCAUGACGAACCCUCCACCUCCAAAUCGAUCCCGCUCCAGAGUACAGGCCUCGGUGUAACGCUCAUUCCUUCAACGAUAACCGCGUAUCCGACCAUCACCCCUGGUGAGACAAAACCGCGACUCGUCAGUGAAGAGCACUUUUUGCCAGUCCUGUCUGGUCCAUCGACGGUGGGUUUGUGCCCAUAGGCAACGUUGUUGCCGGUGAUGUCUGAGGACCUGCCUUACAACAGGCCUACAAGCCCUCAGUCCAGCCUCUCUCAGCCUAUUGUGGACAGUCUGAGCACUGAUGGAGGGAUUGUGCGUUCCUGGUGUAACUCGGGCAGUUGUUGUUGCCAUCCUGUACCUGUCCCGCAGGUGUGAUGUUCGGAUGUACCGAUCCUGUGCAGGUGUUUACACGUGGUCUGCCACUGCGAGGACAAUCAGAUGUCCAUCCUGUCUCCCUGUAGCGCUGUCUUAGGCGUCUCACAGGACGGACAUUUUCAGAGUCAGUAGAAAGGCCUCUUCAGUGUCCUAAGUUUUCAUAACUGUGACCUUAAUUGCCUACCGUCUGUAAGCUGUUAGUGUCUUAACGACCAUUCCACAGGUGCAUGUUCAUUAAUUGUUUAUGGUUCAUUGAACAAGCAUGGGAAACAGUGUUUAAACCCUUUACAAUGAAGAUCUGUGAAGUUAUUUGGAUUUUUACGAAUUAUCUUUGAAAGGCCAGGUCCUGAAAAAGGGCAGUUUUUUUUUCAUUUUUUGCUGAGUUAUUUAUAUACAGCUCUGGAAAAAAUUAAGAGACCACUGCACAUUUUUCUUAAAUCAGCAUCUCUACAUGUAUGACAGCCAUUCCAUUCCAGUGUCUGUUGAAUUCCAACACAGGCACACCUCAUUCUACUGAAUUAGGUACUGAUUAGGUGAUCACCUGAACCAAAUCUUAUCUAACGGGGAAAAGUAUAAAAACCACUAUUGUGGUCAUCACUAUCCUCUUGCAAUAGGACCAGCUGUAUGGCAAAAACAGUGCUAAUAGUACCUCAAAAUAACUAUUGACCAUGCCAAAAGAGUUGAAAAGGAACGUUUUGAGUGAGGAAAAGAGGUUCAAUUCUGGCUUUACUGGCAGAGGGAUACAGUGAGCGUCAGGUUGCUUCCAUCCUUAAAAUUUCAAAGACGGCGGUUCAUAAGAACAAGGUCAAGCAGCAGACAUUGGGGACAACAAAGCUACAGACCGGCAGAGGGCGAAAACGACUCUCUACUGACCGGGAUGACCACCAACUCAUUCUAAUGUCACUCAACAACCGUAAGAUGACAUCAAGUGACCUACAAAAAGAAUGGCAAACUGCAGCUGGGGUGAAGGGCACGGCGAGGACGGUUCGAAACAGGCUCCUAUGGGCAGGGCUGAAGUCGUGCAAAGCUAGAAAAAAGCCCUUCAUCAAUGAGAAGCAAAGAGGAGCCAGGCUGAGGUUUGCAAAAGACCAUAAGGAUUGGACCGUAGAGGACUGGAGUAAGGUCAUCUUCUCUGAUGAGUCCAAUUUUCAGCUUUGCCCAACACCUGGUCGUCUAAUGGUUAGACUGAGACCUGGAGAGGCCUACAAGCCACAGUGUCUGGCACCCACUGUGAAAUUUGGUGGAGGAUUGGUGAUGAUCUGGGGGUGCUUCAGCAAGGCUGAAAUCGGGCAGAUUUGUCUUUGUGAAGGACGCAUGAAUCAAGCCACGUACAAGGUUGUCCUGGAAGAAAACAUGCUUCCUUUUGCUCUGACAUUGUUCCCCAACUCUGAGGAUUGGUUUUUCCAGCAGGACAAUGUGCCAUGCCACACAGCCAGGUCAAUCAAGGUGUGGAUGGAGGACCACCAGAUCAAGACCCUGUCAUGGCCAGCCCAAUCUCCAGACCUGAACCUCAUUGAAAACUUCUGGAAUGUGAUCAAGAGGAAGAUGGAUGGUCACAAGCCAUCAAAGAAAGCCGAGCUGCUUGAAUUUUUGCGCCAGGAGUGGCAUAAAGUCACCCAACAUCAAUGUGAAAGACUGGUGGAGAGCAUGCCAAGAUGCAUGAAAGCUGUGAUUGAAAAUUAGGGUUAUUCCACCAAAUAUUGAUUUCUGAACUCUUCCUAAGUUAAAACAUUACUAUUGUGUUGUUUAAAAAUGAACAUGAACUUAUUUUAUUUGCAUUAUUCGAGGUCUGACAACACUGCAUCUUUUUUGUUAUUUUGACCAGUUGUCAUUUUCUGCAAAUAAAUGCUCUACAUGACAAUCUUUUUAUUUGGAAUUUGGGAGAAAUGUUAAAAAAACAAAAAUGUUAUACAUACCUAUAAAUAGUAAAACCAGAAAAACUGAUAAUUUUGCAGUGGUCUCUUAAUUUUUUCCGCAGCUGUGUGUAUAUGUGUAAUAUGUAUAUGUGUAAAUAUAUAUGUAUAUAUAUAUAUAUAUAUAUAUAUAUAUAUAUAUAUAAUUACUAUAGAUUUGAACUGUUACUCAUUUAGGAUAAACACAUCUGGUAAACCACAUUACGAUAUUAUUAUCAUGCUAUUUCUUACAGGUAUUUUGCUUUAUUCUCCUAAACUAGUGUCUGUUGUCCUUGCUGUUUGUUGUCACAUCCCAAGUGUUGUUGCUUGACUUGAUCAAUGGAGAGACACCCUGCACCAUACUGAAUUGAAGGGAUAAAUGAUCAUUAGAGCUCUGAGAGGGGAGGUAACUAACGCUCCGAAACAGAGCCACAAAGUUGGGUACAGCAAUCUGACUUUGGGUCUAUGCAUGCUUCUCUUUUGGUUUAGCCUCGAUGUAAGACAAGUUCUGGAGCUCUGCGGGGCCAUUUUUUCUAAGCAUUUGUAUCUAUUUUUUUAAAAGUAGUGCACCUCGGAUACCUCUCUAUCUCACACAGGAAAAUGCAUGUGCUCGCUGCAUGUUGAAGACCUGUAUCUGCUGCCUGUGGUGUUUGGAGAAGUGCCUCAACUAUUUGAAUCAGGUAAGAGCUCUUUCUUUCCCCCUAAUUGGAUCAUUGUAAAUAAGGAUGGAUGAAGAGAUGUUAGAUGUUUCGUAUCCAGCUUGUUCGCUGUAGUGAUUGUAGUGUGUGUGUAGAAUGCGUAUGCGGCGACAGCCAUCAACAGUACCAGUUUCUGUACGUCGGCGCGUGACGCCUUUGUGAUCCUGGUGGAGAACGCUCUGAGGGUGGCGGCCAUCAACGCCGUGGGAGACUUUGUCCUCUUCCUUGGCAAGGUGAGGGGGCUGCUGGGAUACUGGAGGGCUUCAGAGUAGUGGACGUUGAUCCCUAUACUUACAAUGGACUUUUUAAGAAUGAAUCCGUUUCAAGAAUUAAAAUGGGAUGGGGUUGAUUUUUAUAAGAGGAUGGCACUUUAUUAAUGCAGGAUGUAACUAAUGCAGUCAGUCGUCAUCAGCAUCAUGUCACUGAUGCUAAUCUUACUUCUGUGUGUGCGGUCAGAUCCUGAUCGUGACGUCCACAGCGUUCGCCGGCGUACUGCUACUGAACUACCAGCGGGACUACGCAGAGUGGGUCCUCCCUCUCAUCAUCGUCUGCCUCUUUGCCUUCCUGGUGGCCCACUGCUUCCUGUCCAUCUUCGAGAUCGUGGUGGAUGUGCUCUUCCUCUGCUUCGCCAUCGACACCAAAUACAACGACGGCACACCGGGCAGAGAGUUCUACAUGGACAAAGCCCUGAUGGUAAGCUACGUGAGGAUAUGGUAUACUGGUGGGACUUUGUUGAAAUGGAGAGUGCAAUGUAUGUGUUUAUUUGCACAUGUAUGUAGGAGUGUGGUUUGUUUAUUGGGAUGACUAUGAGCAAUGGUCAUGACAGUAGAAUGGUAUUCAAACAUUUUGGUCCAACAUGGCAGGUCUAUCUAUGCAAAAAAAUAUAUAUUUUUGAGUCCUGCUGUUCAUUUGAGAAGUUGAACACAACAUUUAUUUAUUUGCAUUUUCCCUCUCACUACAUGCAUCUUUGGAUGAUCCAUUUAUCCUACAACUCAAAAUCACCCAGGGAUGAACAUGUAUUCAAAAUGUGGCAUUGAAAUUAUUUUAUUCCGUAACCUUAAACUCAUCUUUUGGGAGAGCUGUCAGCACACUUGUCAGGCAUAUCAGGGGAAAAAAGCUCACAAAAUAUGCAAAGUGGCUUGUUUCAUGUAGCACACAACCUUGAACAUUAAUGAGCGGUAGUGGGAGAAAUCAGAAGGGAGCCUUCUUGACUGGAGUUGUUCUCUGGAUGGAUGUUUAAAAAUGUAGAAGCUGACAGGAAAUGGAAAAUAUUCUUUGUUUGUGACUCAGCAGUAGCUCCAUAAUAUUCAUACAUUUUUUAAAAUUGUUUAUAAUUAGGCCCGACUAGCCCAGUUAGAAAUGUUAGGUUUAAGAUUAUAUAAGCUACAAUACACAAGUUUUGGGGCACUCGUAAGUAAUAUGGUAAUUAGGAAUAUAGGUAUUCGCUUUGAAACUUUAGUACGAUAAAGCUAAGGAUUCUGUGGUUUUAAUGAUGAAGGAAAUGCAUUCACAUGGUAUAUUAAGAGUAUAUCAACCGACCAGGUGCGUUUCAGCACAUGGUUUGACACAUUGUUUUCCAUUUCCCCCCUGCAGGAGUUUGUGGAAAACAGCAGGAAGCUGGAGCGGGUGGUGGAGCGAGGGCGGAGCCGGCCCACAGAGGCAGUGUCGGUGGAGGGGGCGGAGAUGAAGCCCAUGGUGAGUGACAGUGGAGGGGGCGGCAACGCAGGUGGAGACACUGAGGAGGUGGGCUGGGGCUUGGACGGAGGCGGGGGAGAGUGGGAGGAGCUGCAGGAGUUCCAUGUGUAUUACCUCCUGGCCGGGGUGCUGGUGGACUGGGCCCUGGGGGAGCAGAGUACCGUGGUCCCCUUGCUCCUCUGCCUUACCGAGGACAUGGUCCUCUUCUUCUGCGUCUACCUGCCCACCUCCACACUCUUCCUCUUCGUCACACUGCUCCAGAAACCCUCCACUGCUGUCGUGCCUCAGCCACAACCAAAGCCACCUAAACAGUCUUCUUCGCAUGCUAGCUAACGCAUGCUAACUAAUGCACAACCACGGCAUCCCCCUCACCCUCAUCUCUACUAACUCACUUUUCUCACCGAACUAUACCAUCCCUCUUAUUUUUUAUUUUUUUACAUCGGUUUUCUUUCUUCUCACCUGUCAUCUCCUGGCUAUCUUGAACCUGAAGUGUACAUUUGUUAGUUUUUUUUUGCCUUUUCAUCACCAUGGUGCUUUUUGGUAGAGAGGGACAUGUCUGGUAGUGCAGAUAAUCAGCUGUCAGCUUAGAAAGAUGGGGGGGCAAAUGAACAGUACGAAAUGAACAGUCUGCCCCCCCCCCAAAGUAAACAGCAGUGAGCAGCAACAAUGGCAGUUUGAUUGUGCAAUGCUAGAAGGGACCAAUGGGGAGAUGGAUGUAUGACUCUUCUUUCCCGUCUAAUGUACCGUGCUACUGGAUUUCCUGCCGGAAUUAUUUAGACAGCUGUUAGGAGCUACUGAAAUUGGCAACUAUGCACAUCUGUUUACUUGUAGAUUUGGCCUUUUCUUAUCUCCUAGAUCCACUCAGAUAGCACAUGGGGACAAGGCCUUUUCUUAUCUCCUAGAUCCACUCAGAUAGCACAUGGGGACAAUUAGUCUUGUACUUUGGUAUUAUAGAGGUAUUAGUAUCUCCUCCAGUAGUUAAAAAUAAUAAGCUAUGUGUAUUUGUCAUAAUGCACAAUCAUCAGUAUUGAUGACAGCAGCAAGUCAGCUUUUGCACAAGGAUACACAGGCGUAUUCCUCAGCCCUCCUUUGAAUGUCCAGCCUUCACGGCACAAGAUGGAUCCCCUAACCUCAUCACCACUCCACUGCAUGGUGUCUAUUUUAUUUUCUGUAACCUCUUCUCGUCCAUUUUUAUUCAUUUUCAGAACGGCUUGGAAAUGGAUCUAACCCUUUUUUUUCACCCAUUCCAUUAUUUUACCAUCCAAAUACUUUUUUAAUGACUGCAUACGAUACUGUGAAUGGAGUAAUAACACUUGAAUAACUUUGCUUUCCAGGCUCCAGGAACAAGUUCAGCUUGACCAAAAUCACCUAAUGGGACUUUUUAAAAAGACAUUCCAAAAUGUUUAUUUUUACCAAUGUGUAACAUGUUUACUAUGGUUUCACUCCAGGGAAUACAAUAUUUUAAUAAGAAACUGUAAAAAAAUAAAUAACGAUGUAAUGAAGCACUUUAUAUUGAAGCCCUGCAUAUUUUAAAAGGCUGAUGCAUUUUUCGUAGUGAUGUCCGUUUUUAUAAGACUAAAAAAAAUAAUUGCCAUCUAGUCAAACACAGUACUAAAAUCGAUUGAAUCACUUUGGGUUGGACUUGUUUGUCAUUCAAUGAUAUAGCACUUAGAUGUGUUUUUAAUCAACCACUGAAACCUAAGUAUGUUAGACUCACGUUUGCAUUUGAAUUCUGCGCCAUGGAAGAGUGUUUUUGUUUUGAAAGUAGGUGUAUUUUUACCAGAGUGCAACGUUUUUUUUCAAGGCUGGCUGUGAUUUAUUUAUUUUUCUUAAAUUUUUGGGAUGUACAGAAACCGAGAGGAUGCGGUAAUACAACUGCUAGCUCCCAUGGUUUGGAGGGACGCAGAGACAGUUACUGCCGAUUGGAAGUCUAUCCCCCCUUCACCUAGACACUUCUUAGAUAUACAAGUGACCAUGAGAAGUUUCUAGGGGUAGGGACUAGGGCUGUGACGGUCAUGACAUUUUGUCAGCCG